AUGACUGACGCGGAGCUCACCCCGAGGGCUGCGGAGCAGGCUGCACUGGGCUUCACGAGAGGGAGCAAUGAUGAACUGUCAGAAAAUGAAGAGGAGAUGGAAGAGAAGUCGGACAGCGAGGGUAGUGACUACUCCCCUAAUAAAAAGAAGAAGAAGAAACUCAAGGACAAGAAAGAGAAAAAAGCCAAGCGAAAGAAGAAGGAUGAUGAUGAGGAUGAUAAUGAUGAUGGAUGCUUAAAGGAGCCCAAGUCCUCGGGGCAGCUCAUGGCCGAGUGGGGCCUGGACGACGUGGACUACCUGUUCUCCGAGGAGGACUACCACACGCUGACCAACUACAAGGCCUUCAGCCAGUUCCUCAGGCCACUCAUCGCCAAGAAGAACCCGAAAAUCCCUAUGUCCAAAAUGAUGACUGUCCUGGGCGCCAAGUGGCGGGAGUUCAGCGCCAACAACCCCUUCAAGGGCAGCUCGGCGGCGGCAGCUGCGGCGGCAGUGGCUGCGGCUGUAGAGACGGUCACCAUCGCCCCUCCGCUGGCCGUCAGCCCCCAGCAGGCGCCCCAGCCUGUGCCUGUCCGCAAGGCCAAGACCAAGGAGGGCAAGGGGCCUGGAGUGAGGAAGAAGAUCAAAGGCUCCAAAGAUGGGAAGAAAAAGGGCAAAGGGAAAAAGGUGGCUGGGCUCAAGUUCCGCUUUGGAGGGAUCAGCAGCAAGAGGAAGAAAGGCUCCUCGAGCGAGGAGGAUGAACGGGAGGAGUCCGACUUCGACAGCGCCAGCAUCCACAGCUCCUCCAUGCGCUCCGAGUGCUCCGCAGCCCUGGGCAAGAAGAGCAAGAGGAGGCGCAAGAAGAAGAGGAUUGACGACGGUGACGGCUACGAGACGGACCACCAGGACUACUGUGAGGUGUGCCAACAGGGGGGUGAGAUCAUCCUGUGCGACACCUGCCCGCGGGCCUACCACCUCGUCUGCCUCGACCCGGAGCUGGAGAAGGCUCCCGAGGGAAAGUGGAGCUGCCCGCACUGCGAGAAGGAGGGGAUCCAGUGGGAGCCCAAGGACGACGAUGAGGAGGAGGAGGAGGGCGGCUGCGAGGAGGAGGAGGACGACCACAUGGAGUUCUGCCGCGUGUGCAAGGACGGCGGCGAGCUGCUCUGCUGCGACGCCUGCCCCUCCUCCUACCACCUGCACUGCCUCAACCCGCCGCUGCCCGAGAUCCCAAACGGUGAAUGGCUCUGCCCGCGCUGUACUUGUCCCCCACUGAAGGGCAAAGUCCAGCGGAUCCUACACUGGAGGUGGACAGAGCCCCCAGCCCCCUUCAUGGUGGGGCUGCCAGGACCCGAGGUGGAGCCCGGCAUCCCGCCGCCUAAGCCCCUGGAGGGCAUCCCGGAGAGAGAGUUCUUUGUCAAGUGGGCAGGGCUCUCCUACUGGCACUGCUCUUGGGUGAAGGAGCUACAGCUGGAACUGUACCACACGGUGAUGUAUCGCAACUACCAAAGAAAGAACGACAUGGACGAGCCGCCGCCCUUCGACUACGGCUCUGGCGAUGAGGACGGCAAGAGUGAGAAGAGGAAGAACAAGGACCCCCUCUACGCCAAGAUGGAGGAGCGCUUCUACCGCUACGGCAUCAAGCCCGAGUGGAUGAUGAUCCACCGCAUCCUGAACCACAGCUUCGAUAAAAAGGGGGAUGUGCACUACCUGAUCAAGUGGAAAGACCUGCCCUACGACCAGUGCACCUGGGAGAUCGAUGACAUCGACAUCCCCUACUACGACAACCUGAAGCAGGCAUACUGGGGCCACAGGGAGCUGAUGCUGGGGGAGGACGCCAGGCUGCCCAAGAGGCUGGUUAAGAAGAGCAAGAAGCUGCGGGACGACAAGCAGGAGAAGCCACCGGACACGCCCAUCGUGGACCCCACGGUCAAGUUUGACAAGCAGCCAUGGUACAUUGACUCCACGGGUGGCACGCUGCACCCGUACCAGCUGGAGGGCCUCAACUGGCUGCGCUUCUCCUGGGCCCAGGGCACCGACACCAUCUUGGCCGACGAGAUGGGUCUGGGCAAGACGGUGCAGACCAUCGUCUUCCUCUACUCCCUGUACAAGGAGGGCCAUUCCAAGGGGCCCUACCUGGUCAGUGCGCCCCUCUCCACCAUCAUCAACUGGGAGCGUGAGUUUGAGAUGUGGGCUCCCGACUUCUAUGUGGUCACCUACACGGGGGACAAGGAGAGCCGCUCUGUGAUCCGCGAGAAUGAGUUCUCCUUUGAGGACAAUGCCAUUCGGAGUGGGAAGAAGGUGUUCCGCAUGAAGAAAGAAGUACAGAUCAAGUUCCACGUCCUGCUGACCUCCUAUGAGCUGAUCACCAUUGACCAGGCCAUCCUGGGCUCCAUCGAGUGGGCCUGUCUCGUGGUGGACGAGGCCCACCGGCUCAAGAACAACCAGUCCAAGUUCUUCAGGGUCUUGAACAGCUACAAGAUCGAUUACAAGCUGCUGCUGACGGGGACCCCCCUUCAGAACAACCUGGAGGAACUGUUCCAUCUCCUCAACUUCCUGACCCCAGAGAGGUUCAACAACCUGGAGGGCUUCCUGGAGGAGUUUGCCGACAUCUCCAAAGAAGACCAGAUCAAGAAGCUGCAUGACCUGCUGGGGCCACACAUGCUCAGGCGGCUGAAGGCUGACGUGUUCAAGAACAUGCCGGCCAAGACCGAGCUCAUUGUCCGCGUGGAGCUGAGCCAGAUGCAGAAGAAGUACUACAAGUUCAUCCUCACGCGGAACUUCGAGGCGCUCAACUCCAAGGGCGGCGGGAACCAGGUGUCCCUGCUCAACAUCAUGAUGGACCUGAAGAAGUGCUGCAACCACCCCUAUCUCUUCCCCGUGGCCGCCGUGGAGGCCCCUGUCUUGCCCAACGGCUCCUACGACGGCAGCUCCCUGGUCAAGUCUUCGGGGAAGCUCAUGCUGCUGCAGAAGAUGCUGAAGAAGCUGCGGGACGAGGGGCACCGCGUGCUCAUCUUCUCCCAGAUGACCAAGAUGCUGGACCUCCUGGAGGAUUUCCUGGAGUACGAAGGCUACAAGUAUGAGCGCAUCGAUGGCGGCAUCACCGGCGGCCUCCGGCAGGAGGCGAUCGACAGAUUCAAUGCCCCCGGUGCCCAGCAGUUCUGCUUCCUUCUCUCCACCCGGGCGGGCGGCCUGGGCAUCAACCUGGCCACGGCAGACACUGUCAUCAUCUACGACUCGGACUGGAACCCGCACAACGACAUCCAGGCCUUCAGCCGUGCCCACCGCAUCGGGCAGAACAAGAAGGUGAUGAUCUACCGCUUCGUGACUCGGGCCUCGGUGGAGGAGCGCAUCACACAGGUGGCCAAGCGCAAGAUGAUGCUCACGCACCUCGUGGUGCGGCCCGGCCUCGGCUCCAAGUCAGGCUCCAUGACCAAGCAGGAGCUGGAUGACAUCCUCAAGUUCGGCACAGAGGAGCUCUUCAAGGACGACGUGGAGGGCAUGAUGUCUCAGGGCCAGAGGCCCGUCACACCCAUCCCUGAUGUCCAGUCCUCCAAAGGGGGUGCCCUGGCUGCCAGCGCGAAGAAGAAGCAUGGGAGCACCCCGCCAGGUGACAAUAAGGACGUGGAGGACAGCAGUGUGAUCCACUAUGACGAUGCGGCCAUCUCCAAGCUGCUGGACAGGAACCAGGACGCCACGGACGACACGGAGCUACAGAACAUGAACGAGUACCUGAGCUCCUUCAAGGUGGCGCAGUACGUGGUGCGCGAGGAGGACGGCGUGGAGGAGGUGGAGCGCGAGAUCAUCAAGCAGGAGGAGAACGUGGACCCCGACUACUGGGAGAAGCUGCUGCGGCACCACUACGAGCAGCAGCAGGAGGACCUGGCCCGCAACCUGGGCAAGGGCAAGCGCAUCCGCAAGCAGGUCAACUACAAUGAUGCCUCCCAGGAGGACCAGGAGUGGCAGGAUGAGCUCUCUGAUAACCAGUCCGAAUAUUCCAUCGGUUCCGAGGAUGAGGACGAGGACUUUGAGGAGAGGCCAGAAGGGCAGAGUGGACGGCGGCAAUCCAGGAGGCAGCUGAAGAGUGACAGGGACAAGCCCCUGCCACCUCUUCUUGCUCGAGUUGGAGGCAACAUUGAGGUGCUGGGCUUCAACGCCCGGCAGCGGAAGGCCUUUCUGAAUGCCAUCAUGCGCUGGGGCAUGCCCCCCCAGGACGCCUUCAACUCCCAUUGGCUGGUGCGGGACCUUCGCGGGAAGAGUGAGAAGGAGUUUAGAGCCUAUGUGUCCCUCUUCAUGCGGCACCUGUGUGAGCCGGGGGCGGAUGGCGCGGAGACCUUCGCGGACGGCGUGCCCCGGGAGGGCCUCUCCAGGCAGCACGUGCUCACCCGCAUCGGGGUCAUGUCACUGGUUAGGAAGAAGGUUCAGGAGUUUGAGCACGUCAACGGGAAGUACAGCACCCCGGACUUGAUCCCUGAGGGGCCUGAGGGCAAGAAGCCUGGCGAGGUUGUCUCCUCCGACCCCAACACGCCGGUGCCCGCCAGUCCUGCCCACCUCCCGCCGGCCCCACUGGGCCUGCCAGACAAAAUGGAAGCCCACCUGGGCUACAUGGAUGAGAAGGAGCCGGGCGUGCAGAAGCCAAAGAAGCCGCUGGAAAUCCAGGCCCCACCGGCUGCCCUGGACAGAGUGGAGGGUGAGGAAAAGCAUGAGAGCUUGGUUGGCAAGGAGAGAGUCCGGGAGGAGCGGCCAGAGGAGGCAGAGAAGGCCCAGCCCUCCCCAGAGCAGCUGCCAAAAGAGGAGGUGCUUCCUGAGAAGGAGAAAAUCCUGGACAAGCUGGAGCUGAGCUUGAUCCACAGCAGAGGGGACAGUGGCGACCUCAGGCCAGAUGACACAAAGGCUGAGGAGAAGGAGCCCAUUGACACACAGCAAAAUGGGGACAAAGAGGAAAAUGACGAGGGGCAGAAGGAGGACAAAAACGGGAAGUUCAAAUUCAUGUUCAACAUUGCAGAUGGGGGCUUCACAGAGCUGCACACACUGUGGCAGAACGAGGAGCGUGCCGCAGUGUCCUCGGGGAAAAUCUAUGAUAUCUGGCACCGGCGCCAUGACUACUGGCUGCUGGCGGGCAUCGUGACGCAUGGCUACGCCCGCUGGCAGGACAUCCAGAAUGACCCGAGGUACAUGAUCCUCAACGAGCCCUUCAAGUCUGAGGUCCACAAGGGCAACUACCUGGAGAUGAAGAACAAGUUCCUGGCCCGCAGGUUCAAGCUGCUGGAGCAGGCGCUGGUCAUUGAGGAGCAGCUCCGGAGGGCGGCGUACCUCAACAUGACCCAGGACCCCAACCACCCAGCCAUGGCCCUCAACGCCCGCCUGGCCGAGGUGGAGUGCCUUGCCGAGAGCCACCAGCACCUGUCCAAGGAGUCCCUUGCUGGGAACAAGCCUGCCAAUGCCGUCCUGCACAAGGUCCUGAACCAGCUGGAGGAGCUGCUGAGCGACAUGAAGGCGGAUGUGACCCGCCUGCCCUCCAUGCUGUCCCGCAUCCCCCCGGUGGCCGCCCGCCUGCAGAUGUCAGAGCGCAGCAUCCUGAGCCGCCUGACCAACCGGGCCGGCGACCCCACCAUCCAGCAGGGUGCUCUCGGCUCCUCCCAGAUGUACAACAGUAACUUUGGGCCCAACUUCCGGGGCCCUGGACCGGGAGGGAUUGUCAACUACAACCAGAUGCCCCUGGGGCCCUAUGUGACCGAUAUCUAGCCGUCCCCGCGAGUUCCCUCUGUCGCAGCGCUCAUUUCCAGCAGAGCCGAGCUUGCCGGGCCACCUGCCCGACUCCCACAGGAGAGAAAAGCUGCCGCCUUUUUAGGAGCCAGUGCCACCUUGGGACAAAAAGGGAAACUGAGUAAUGCCAUCACGUGGAGGACGAGGCCCAGCUUGGCUGGGCAGAGCCCAGAAGUGCCACCUCAUCAUGGUUCAAAUGUUCUUCCACACAGCGCCACCCACAGCUACGCCGGACGUGUCCCCUCACCACCUUUUCCAGAACGACUUCUUAGAAGAGAUUUCAUUUAUUUGUACGUCUUUUGCACUUUCCUGUUGAAGACUUGAACAAGUUUGUCUUGGUAAAAGUCGGAUGACGUGUGGAAGCUUCUGACCUGCAGCACUUACCGUUUCUCUGUCGACGGGCUCCGGACCGGAGGGGAAGCUCCUGGACGCCCCGGCACUGCCCGGGACUUGGCCCAGCUGGGGAGAUGGCAGCGCCGGUGCCCCGGGGGCCCUCACGUGCCCUCGCCCCCUCCUGCCUGCACCUGCGUGACGUGACGGCCCUUCUGCUCCGGCCCCUUGCCCGCUGGGGUCCCCCAGCACCAGGCGGGUCAGGUCUGGGGGACUGCUGUCCAGCCCCAUGGUGGAGCCCCUGGCUGAUCCCGGGUCAGGGUGGGGUGUUUUUGCCACCUUCCUGCCCGGGCUGGAGACCGCCAGGGAUUUGCUGCUCCUUGUGGGGAGGGGGCCCAGUGUGUCUCGAAGCCCUGGGCUGUUACCGGUGGAAGGUCCGUUGGCCCGGCUGCUUGGGUCGGGGAAGUGCGUGCUCCAGCGAGGGAGGGAGGACCAGCACUUGUCUUGGAGCCACUAAAGGAAGGGAUUUGGGGUCUGCCAUCUGUGGGGAUGUGGCUGUGGGCAGAUGAUAGUGUCCCUGCAAGGAGGGUCAUGGACACUGAGGUGGCCCUGUGCCCUGGGAGGCCUGCCCCACCCACCUCCGUGUACAAACUCCCCUGUGCAUAGUGUCCUGGGCCACAGAUGCCAGGGGAGGAGCCAGGCUGUCCCUUGGAGCCUGGACUCAUCCCUGUUCUCCUGUCCCUGGGGAUGUGUUCGUCGGGGCACUUGCUGCUCGAGGCAGGGCCCAGCUGUCCUUGCUGCGUUCGUGGAGAGCUCUGCUUGGGGGCGGGCACUGGGCUGCCGGCCUCUGCAGCCCCUCCCAGCUGGAGCAUCCAGGGCUUCCCGCCUUGUUUCCUGGCAGGAAUGCCCUGGAGUCCCAGGACCAUCUUCCCACUUGUCCAUUGUCAUUGUCAGAAUUCCUGUCCCUCCUCUGCCCCAGCUGGGGGUACCAUAUGGAGGAGGGGGAGAGAGGAUGGCCGGCCCUGGGCCUGUGUCUGGUCCUUCCCCAACCCCAGGUCAGCCCAAAGGCGGCUUCCCAGUGGAGGUGCCCCAGGGUGCAGGGACCUGGGAGUGUGAGGAUGGGGCUCAGUGAGAAACCAGCUGGGCCUGGGGGCAGGGCACCUGCAGGGGCUUGGGCUCGGCUCCCUGGGAGAGAUGUGGGGGAUACACAGCAUCUCUGGGCUUGCCCCGGACUGAAGGGCAGCCAGGGCUGGGCCGGGACUUGCUGGCUUGUCCUGUGGACAUUUGGCUGAUUGUCCGGCCCUCCCUGCGUCCUGGACGUCCUCGUUUACAGUGUGGCUCCCUCUGAACCCCCAAGACCCCUCUGUCUUUGUGUCCUGCACUCAGUCCUGGUCCAGGUCCCCAGGGCCAGUCUGACCCAGGCGAUGUGGGUGGGCAGAGUGGGGAACCCUGAAGUAGAGAGAAGACCGUCAGCCGGCCUGAGCGCAGCACAGACAUCCGGGCGUGUGUAGCGGCAGCUGAGCCGGCACAGGGGUUGGGGCCGUUCCAGUCCCUGUGGCUUAUUCACAUGUGUCCUCUGGUCAGUGCCUCCCUGCAAGGGCUCCGGCUCAGGCCACAGGGCCUGCAAUGUGCUCAUCUCCAGACGGGCAGGAGGUUGGCACUGUGGUUAGUUGGCCUCCUUGGGGACAGUGCCCGCCUUUCCUGGCCACAGUGGAUGGGUCCCCAGGGUCAGGCCUGGAGGCACGUGGUGGGCAGGGCAGGAGUCUGUCCGUCGUGCUUUGCCCCAGGCAGCUUCGCUCUGUCCCUCCCUCUUCCUCCUCCCCUGGCCUUGCCCAGGCUCCCCUCUGCCAGGCUUGAAUCGGGCACCCGCGGAUAGCCUGGCCGGAGCCCCGCCCCAUCCCGGGAAGGGCAUGCUCUCUGCCCCUGGCUCCCGGGAGGCCGGGGAGGGAAGGCUGUGAGAGUCGGGAGCAGGUUUCUGGUUGACGGCUUUGGAGAGGAGAAAGGAUUUUAAGAAUGUUUUCUUCUUGGCUUAUCAGUUAUCUCCUGCCAACAGUGGGGAUGGGGGCUGGAGUGGUUUCCGUGUCUUUGGCAUCUUCAGGCUGGGUUUGGUUUGUGCUGCUGGCAGAAUUGGGGUCCUUGUGCACGGCGUGAUCCUGGUGUGCAGCCUGCGUCUUUAUGUUUCCAGCCACUUUAUGAUUUAGACCAGUGCUGAGUAGGGUUUCUGUUGAAUCACCUUUGGGCCAAAGGUCUUGAAAGGCAUUGCCCAGCGGGCUCUCAGGUGACAAGGGAGUUUUGGCUGCAGCGACUCGUCUGGAGGGCCCCUUUCUCGAGCAUGCCUGCCGUGGAAGCAGAGCCCUGAAAGCCACUUUCGGAAGCUCCUGUUUUCUGUGAGUUUGGCUUCCCCGGGAGGUGGGCCUGGACGCCCCCUGCCCACACGGCCAAGGUCCUCCUGCUCAUUGGGGCUGCCUUCCCCGGGCGCUCCCCUGCCGGGUCAGGGGCUGCUCAUCUGGGCCCAGGGACACCUGCAGUCCUUAUUCCUGUCCCGGAUCCCAGGGCUUUUGAGGCCCGAGGGGGUUCAUGUGGAGGGUGGGCUGGCAGCCAUGUGGAGCCUCUGGUGUGUGUGGGGUAUAGUGGGUGGGGGCCGAGACCGACACGCCCCUCCAUCCUCACCCUCUUGGUGGCUUGGCCAUGGCCAAAGGUGGGUGGUCUCUCCCCCACGGCUCUCCAGUGCAAACCGCAGCACCGGUCAAGGAAGCUGGUUCCCGUCCCGUUUUCUAUGUCUGAAAGUUUACAGGUUGUGGUGCAUCAGCCCAAAGUCAUUGGCGUUGUUGUGUUUUGGGAUUCUUUUUCCUUAAUUUUCAGAUUUUUUUUAACAAAGUAUUUUUUUAGGCACGGUAACCCAGAAAGGGCCCGUUGGGUGUGUGUGUGUGUCCUGAACUCCCCACAUAGAGAUCACAUGGAGCCCAAGCCCCCUGGAGAGGAGGGAAGGGUCCCACCUGCCCAGGGGGUCUGAGUUGGAGGGUGUGGGGGGUGUGAACCCCACCCACCCAGGCUCAGCAUCGCCCAGCUGAGAGGCCGGCCCCUUGCCCAGGCUGGAGAACGGGAUGGGGAAGGGGGGUGCUGGGCUGGGCACGGGGCCAGGGGCACUUGGGCGAGUCAGGAGGUCCCGGCUGGGUGUCCCAGCAGAGGUGGGGGUUGUGCUUUGGAAGCCAAGCUCCCUGCCAUGUCCAGCCUGUGCCCGUGGGAGGCUGGACAGAGCCUGUAGCCGACACAAUCACCUUUACUUUGUACUGUGUGUGUAUGUUUCAGUUUUCUGUGUUUUAAUAAAUCCUUUGGG